AAUCCGUGGCGCCGCAUUCAUCCACUCUCCGUGUUCGUAUACAGUCACACAGUGUGCUAAACAUCGCUUAUACUUCCGGGCGAUAGAGAAACAGUUUGGAUAUAGUUUAGUGCCUUCUACAGUUUUAUUUUUCUGAAAGCAAAAGAAGGAUUAUAAAUUGUAAAUUUGAUCUACGUUCCUUUCGUCUAUUUUUAGUAGCAUUUUACAACCGUUUUCAACUUAAACGCAAAAACAGUCUUCAAUAUGCAGUCUUUACAAACAAGGAUAUUCGCUCUUUUGCUUAUUUUUGUGUUCGCUCUUUCGGCUUUGGCUGCUCCACUCAAAGAAGACAGACUAAAUGAAGAAACAAAAUUACAAAAGGUCGAAAAUGCAGUGACGUCACAAGAUAGAGAACUAGAAGACACACAACCAAAGCAAAUCCAAGAAACAGAAGACGGUCCUGUCGAUGUAGAAGAAGAUAACACACCAGAUGAAGACGACGAUGAUGACAGGGGGCAGGAAGUCAUCAACUAUCAGGAUAUUCAAGUCGAUCAUAACAGCAAAGUGACCAGUGAAAAUGAAGGCAAGAAACCAGAGACAGACAGCAAAAACGAAGAAGAAGAAGAAGAAGACGAGUUUGACGAUUUGCUUGGAUAUGAAGAUGAAGAUGAGGAGCAGCUCGAGGAGGCUGUCGAACAACAGAUGGAAGAAGAAGAAGAAGGAUCAGAGUACAUGCUAACACCUGCUGCUGCACGUGAAUUGAUGCUAGAGCUACGAGAUCCCGUGGAGGUGGCCAAGUUUGUGGUGGAAACAGAUGACGCUGCUGGCUUCCUUCGGGCUCUAAGGUUACUCUUACAUGACGGAUAUAUCACUGAGGCUGAAGCCUACGCUCUCAAGGAUGAAGUAGCAUCACAGCUCAGAAACCUUCUCAUGCUACAACAAGUUGAACUAUCGAGGGCGCUGUUCGAGACCUAUCAACCACAGGUGGAAGAGGAUCCCACGGCAGAUUUGGAUGGUUUACUCUACAACCAGAUGGCUCAACCUGCAGAAUAUUAUGACUAUGCCAACAUGAUUAACCAAGAUGAAGUGCCGUAUGGAAGCUCUCAAGUCAACCUCUAUGAUGCAUACCAAGAUGCAAUUGAACAGGAAAGCACUCAAGCCUUAUCAGAGAUAGCCGAGAUACUUGCACAAAGGAUUGCACGAGGUGAAAUCUCGCCGGAAGAUGGCGCUAAAAUCAUGAGCAAGGUUGUGCAGCUCCUUCCUGACAACUACUGGGGUGAGAGCGAAGAAGGCAUGAGCUCAGAGGGGGGCAGCGAAUACAGAGAAGAAGACUUGGGCCUUUCAUCACAGACCAGCGAGUACAUGCAGGGCGAGGACGAGAUCGAGAGAUACGGCCAGGAGGUCGAGCCUGAGAUUGAGAACUUCGAGGAAGAGCUCCUAGAACAAGGACCGGAUGGAUUGGUCAAGGACAUCAAGGAGACGGACCAUAAUGGUGACGCGGACGCGACGGAGUUAGAGCAGGAGGCGGAGAAGAUUGCAGAUGAAUUAGAAGACGAACUCAUUGAAGGAGGAAAGACAUCGAAAACAGAGUCCAUUAAGAUUACCAAACCUGGAGCCGAAGCUGUUGUAAAAGUCGGCCCAUCAAAUGACGUCAUUGAUGAGGAUGUGGAGAAAAACUGGAAAGACAUGUCGCUACUACUCGAUAAUGACAUUCCUGAGGACAUCUUGAGAAGUCUUGGCAUCGACAUGGAAAAGCUAGGUAACAAGUACGAAGAAGAGAAGGAACUUGAAGAUGAGGAGGAGAAAGAGAUCAAGGAGAUAGCAACGAAAGAAGGGGAGGAUUAAUCGGGAUGAGCUUACGUCAUUUAUGACCCCCACCCUUCCUCCUCCUCCUUCCGCAAAGGAAUUGGAAAUCAGAGACUGCAAUGUGAUCAUGUACCAUCUUCAAGCGUCGGUUCGGUUGUGGGUAUGGAAAGGGUUAUAGGACUAUGUGGAAAUAAAGCAUUGUUAAUUGAAAUAUUAUUUUAGUUAUAAACAUUGUUUGAAAUUUAAAUGAGCAAAUUCUUUCAGUGAAGAACCUCUUUCAACCAAAAAAAAAUUGAUAAUUUUGUUAAAACCCACAAAUCGAUUUUUGACAACGCUAGGUACUCAAAACAGAAUUUGACGUUGAAAUACACAAAAAAAAUCACUCCCAUCUUUCUUUUCUGCCAACACAAUUAAUAUUCAUCAGUUUAUCAUAAACGAACACUCAUAAUUUUGCUAGAAAAUGUUAUCAAAACGGACGGGAGAUCAUUACCUUGUCCUGGUAUGACCUUCGUUUUCUGAUCAUUGAUUGCGCUAGGAAGACAGAGUGUUUGACAUUCGGAUCAUAUUCAUGCAGUCUCUGAUUUCCACCGUAUUCUUUGCCUCAGUCUUUAAUUUGCAUCGAAAUUCAUCACCUUCGCAGUUCGCUAUAUUUUUUCACACCUUUGUACGAUGUUUUCGAUACCUUUAUUGCUAUACUUCAGUUGUGUUAAGUUUGGUUGUAUCUUUGAUAUAUUUCACUAGAUUAUGAUUUUCUGAACAAGUAGAAUAAUUUUACAUUUUUGUUGACUUAUGCUUUUGAACACCUUUAUCACUUUUGCCUUUUAAUCGUUAACAUCACGUCAGAAAAUGAACAAUGCUGGUGUCGAAAGAAAAUCAUUUUUCAGUCAUUGAAAAGAAAUAUGAGCAUGGCACUUUAUAUUUAUCUCUUUAUUUCUAAUCACGUUUAAUCAAUAAUUGUUUCAUUUGGGGUAAAUGGUGUUGGCUAUCAUUAUAUAAUAA